ACACCGGCUGACUUCACACUGCACUGGUCCCUCUCCCGUUGAGUGAGCGGAGGCUAGCCCAGCAUCACCGCCUUCUUCUUUCUAUCCUUUCUGAAUGUGUUAUUCCUGUCUUGUUUUUUGUUGUUGUUGUUUGUUUGUUUAGUUCAUUUUCCAGCUCAUCACAAACUCCACAGACGAGGCACCCUCGCUCUGUUUUAACAGUUAUUUUCUUCGAACACAAAGCGUUUGGCUAGACGCUUAAAGCUGUCGCGUUGCUUCAGCCGGGAGAGAAAAACAUCCAUCCCCGACGUCUCGAGGAGGCAGGGUGCGAACACAGCAACGCCCAUUUUGACACAAGCGGUAUCGCUGCUGUCCUCACGAAGGCCGUGUUUCUAUUUUUUCCCUCUUUUUCGGUGUCUACCUUUGAUAUCUGAGUCUACCUUCCUUACUUGUAAUCUUCACCCUGGUCAUUCUGCCCUGCCUUUUCUCAUCGCAUCUGUAGCAUCUUCGAGUAGUGGCAACAGGGUCCGGGGCUGCCGAAGAGCUCCAUGCCCCUUUGCAUGCAGCGCACCGAGACUGCAUUUUGCAGACUGCAUCUGUGGCCUUAACCUUCUAGAUUUCUCCUCUGAUUGUCCUCAACGCCUCCGGCAUUCCCCCCUUCUCUCCCUCUGAGCAGUCUGCUCCCUCAUUCUCCUCUCGGUUUCCCGCCAUCGCGUCCAGCUGUGGCCCUCACAGGGCACGCUCGCUGGCUCUCACCUGACAGGUCCCUGGCCUCAGGACGACAGCCAGCAACAACACAUUCCCUACAUGAGGGACAAAGCGACGCAGACUCCCAGGGCCUGGGCAGAUGAGAGGAGGAGGGGCUCACACAAACGCUCGGCCUCCUGUGGGAGCACCGACCAGCUCAAGGAGAUCGCCAAAUUGCGUCAGCAGCUACAGCGCAGCAAACGCAGCAGCCGCCAUCGGAGGGACAAAGAGCGCAAGGCCCCUUUCAAUGGCAGCCACACCAUUAUCCAAUCGCAGUCGCCUAUGCCUAAGACCAUUCUGAUACCCAUCCCUAUAUCCAAGUCGUCGGCCCCUCGUUUCCGCAACAGCGUGGAGGGCCUUAACCAGGAGAUCGAACGCAUCAUCAUCCGUGACACCCCCGAGAAGGACGAGACCAUUGUUCCGCAAGAUGUCCCCGAUGGGCACCGUGCACCCCCUCCUGUCCCCCUACAGCGAAGUAGCAGUACCCGCAGCAUCGACACGCAGACUCCCUCUGGCGGGGGCCUGAGCAGUAACCAUAGCAACUGCAGUAGCCGUCCCGACUCCAUCUCACCCUCCUACCUCACCGUCCUCAACGACACGUGUGGAGGCAGCCCAUACGAGGACAAAGAGCUGGGACCUUGCUCCCCGCUGCCCAAAUACGCCGCCUCUCCUAGACCCAACAACAGCUACAUGUUCAAGAGAGAACCUCCAGAGGGCUGUGAGAAGGUCAAAGUGUCUGAGGAGUCAAUGCCCAAGCCUCUGCAAGAGAUCCCUCCCUUUCUGUGUCCUGACCGCAACAAGGUCAACUUCAUUCCUAACAGCGGCUCUGCCUUCUGCCUCGUCAGCAUCCUCAAGCCCUUACUCCCCGCCCCGGACCUCAACUUUCGCUCUGGCGUGGGCCUGCAAAGCCUGUCCCCAUCCCUUGUGCCUCUGUCCACCCAGCCCUGCCUCCUGGAGGAGCCGGAGAGUUUCUGAUGCCCCCCCUGCAGCCUUCCAGUCCGCACACACCCCUUCCUUUCCUCUAAAACAGCCUCCCCCCACCAACAUAAUCCAAAAACAUUUGAGGAAAUGGCCCUUCUGCUCUAAAAAACUGCCUUCAGCAUGCCAGCUAAGCUCUCUCUGAUGUCCUUAUCUUGUUCAAAAAGCGCUUCCCACUGCCUCUCCUCAUCAGACAACUACAAUGUGAGAGUCCUGCAGGCCUGAGCAGACCUCUGCAGCUAACAUUUCAUCGCUUUCUUCUACCUUAGUGCUGGUUAUUGUUCCUGUUUUUUGGGAGGAAAAGGGAGGAAGGACAGACUCUUUUAUUUCAUCGUAUUAUACCAUGGCGCCUUUCCACGGACAUAUCUUUUUUUCUAUCUGUAGUUAUUUCUCUUGAUAUGAAAUAUGCCUUCCAUGAUAACAAAAAAGGCUGCUGGUUUCCUUAGUGACCUAGAGUUUGACCACAGAGGCUAAUUUUGGUGCUGCCAGAAAAUAUAGUAGCAAAACUUCAAGAGUCGGGAAAAAGACAAGUUCAAAAUGUGCCUGAUAUUUUUCACUAAUUUCCCUGAGUCAUCAUAGUGCUCUGAUGAUGUUGAUGUUUAGAUGAGACAUCUUUGCACUAUCGUGGCCAUAUAUUCAUAGAGAAAGGCUGAACCAGCUUCAAAACAAGCAAACAAUGAGACGGUGCAUAAUUCACACCUUGAAACAAGUAAAUACUUUAUUUGGACCACCUUGUAAACCAAAUCCAGACAUCUGUUUUGUACUUUUAUUAGCUGUUUGCCACAAAAGUUAGCUAAAACUGGGACAAAGCGGUGCCUUUGUUACGCUAACUGGUAGCAGUGAACUGGUCCCCUGCUGGGCAGCUUGUAUCUUUGAGGAACACAGGCCAGGCUAAGCGUGCAGCAUGUUCAGCCUCCUUCCCAAGUCUCCCUCUUUUUACUCCGCCGUAUUUGUUCCUUCUUUUUCCAGCUCUUUAUCCCCUUUUUUCUCUCACUUUCACCGUAAUGCAAUUUCCUUCUGACUUGCUCAGCUUGUGUUCAAAUGUGUCUAGUAGGGCCCCUCUUCCCUGCAGGACAGGCUCCCUUCUGACGUGCAGGGCUGAGAGUACGGAGAUGUUGGUGAACCUGAGUGUUACACAGCAGACUGGUCGAUGGGGGGGCGUACAAAUUAGAACCCACUUUACUGUGUGGAUUCGGUCUACAAAGUGACGGGCAGCAAUUUGAAGUGAAAGAUUAGAGACUAGUGGUGAAGGUAGUAGAGCAUUAAUGAGCUAUAAAGACAGAUAGUUCCCUCAGAAAUUUGUAGAGACUAAAGAUAAAGGUAAACGAUAGAUUGUAAUAUUAAAAAAUAAUAUCAGAGUUGAAUGUAGUAUAAAAAUAAACAACCGUGGUUGGAUCUGAUGUAACUAUAGACAGUAAAACCUGGAUGUAGCAGGAGCGCAUCCUGAAUGUUGUACUUUCUGACUUUAGAGUGAGCAUAGUUUUAAAAAACAGACUUGCUGUUCUGUUCAGCAACACCUGAAAAUGGGGACUGAGCCUUUAAAGCAGGGGUGGGGAACUCCAGGCUUUGAGGGCUGGUGUCCUGCAGGUUUUAGAUAUCACCCUGGGUCAACACCCCUGAAUCAAAUGAUUAGUUCAUUACCAGGCGAGGAGGUAAUUUAGCCAUUUAAAUCAGCUGUGUUGGAUCAAGGACACACCCAAAACCUGUAGGACACCAGCCCCUGAGGCCUGGAGUUCCCCACACCUGUUUUAAAGUAAUCAAGUGUUUACUGAGCUCAUGGAGCGAGAUAGUUGAGGGUGAUUUUCCCUGAGAUUUCUGUCUUAAGAUUGCUGUUUUAAGGCACUUCCAUGUCAGCUUCACUGCAUCUGUUUUUAUACUGUCUGCAGCUGCACAUCUGAUUGGUGCACAAAAGUAUAGUCUGUGACUUAACUACAGCGAGCAACAUGAAAGAUCAUUGUAUGAAGACAACUGUAUUCUUGUGCAGUUUAUGGGUCACCAGCCUCUCCCUGCCUCGGCCCAUCCUCUUGUAUUCUUGUAUAUGUCUACUACUUGACUGUGCCUGCUAUGGUAGGAUAGGAAUGUACCGGGUUUGUAAAUAUAGAGGCACGAUGUGUUUGUAUUUAUUGGCUGAAAAAGAUAUGUAUCAGAAUGAGUCACAAGUGUACGACUCCCCUUCUCCCCCCUCCUAUUCCCUCACCAAGUACUGUGAAUUCCUACAUGUCUCAUUAUUGUGAAUAAUAAUAAUGUAUUUAUUUAUUAGACAGGAGUGUAAUUGGGUCUUAAGAGUUUUAAUCCUGAAGAGAUUUCAUCAUCAUCCAUCUCAGGUUGUAGUGCACAGAACACAAGAUACUCAGACUUCUCAGUGCGCACUAACAAGUUUACUGAACCGAGAGCAAACCAACAGCUGCUGUUUAUGUAGCCUCACACAGUGCAGAUCCUGAAUUACUUAAAUAUGUAGCAGAGCUGAAGUAGAGAGAAGCAUUGUUCAGUGACCUGGUCCAGAAUAAUAGGUAGUCCCAAAAAAUGAUUAUGUAACAAAAAAACAUGUUUAAACUAUGAAGAAAAUGCUGACAAACAAUCACACCUACAUAUUCCCUUUUGUCUUUUUCAGAUGUGUUUACAGGAACAAAAAGAUUUGUAUAUGUGAAAAUACAGAUUUAUUCCCCACUUUUAGUUGUAUUGGAGUGAGGCACGACACAACAAAAAGUCGACACGUCCGUUUUUUGUUUGCUUGUCCCGUUUAUUGGAAACAACUGCCAAGUUAAAUUCUUUUGAGUGAAAUAAAAAGGAAUAGUUAAAUAAAGCA